CACAUCUCUCUCUCUCUCCUCUCCUCUCCUCUCCUCUCUCACUAAAGUUAGCGAUCGAAGAGAAUCAACAAAGACGCUACUGUCAGAGAAAUCAAACCCCAAGAACACAAGAAUCAUCAUGGGAGCUGAAGAAGAAAACAAUAAGACAUGGCCACCGUGGCUAAAACCUUUGCUAAGAGAGAAGUUCUUCGUACAAUGCGAACAACACGCAGAUUCACACAAGAGUGAGUGUAACAUGUAUUGUUUAGACUGUACCAAUGGUCCUCUCUGUUCUCUUUGUCUCUCUUUCCACAAGGAUCAUCACGCCAUUCAGAUAAGGAGAUCAUCGUAUCACGAUGUGAUAAGAGUGUCAGAGAUACAAAAGUUUCUUGACAUAACAGGAGUUCAGACAUAUGUGAUUAACAGUGCUAAGGUUGUGUUCUUGAAUGAGAGACCUCAGCCUCGACCAGGGAAAGGUGUGAUCAAUACUUGUGAAGUCUGUUACCGAAGCCUCGUUGAUUCCUUCAGAUUCUGCUCUCUUGGUUGCAAGAUCUCCGGAAUAUCGAAGAAGAAAAGGAAAGAUUGGUCGAAUAACCUUUCGGAUUCCGAUGAUUCGUAUAGUAGUACGAGUAUCGGAAGGAUCAAGAAGAAUGACGACAUUAUGAAUAACAGUUUCACUCCAUCGACACCGCCUUUAUCAGCCGUGAAUCGAAGAAUCGCGAAGCGAAGGAAGGGGAUACCGCACCGUGCUCCUUUUGGAGGACUAAUCAUAGAAUACUAAGAAAGAAAAAAAUGGUAAUGUAUAGUCUCUUAUUGCUAAUAACAAUCAAAUCACUAGUAGUAGUAGUAGUAGUUCCGAGUAUAUGUAUAUAUAUGUCUAAAAUGGUAUAAAGCAAUGUAAAGAAGCAAACCAAAACUUUAACGUAAUAGUGUUUUGUGUAGAUAUGAUGGGUAAAAAAGUGGGGGGAAGAUAAUAGAAUGAAGCAUAAAUAGGAUACUUGUGCUUGUAUAUUUUGGGCACAAUAGGUAAGAAUAUGUAAAUGUAUGUUAGAAAUAGUGUUGUGGAAAAGACAAUAGUAAUAAGUAAUAUGUGAUGCAAUGCAAAUGUGAAUGGAAUAAAGUGCAUUUUAUUUCUA